CAAGCAACGCGGCGAGUGAGCGCACAGCUGCCAGAGGAGCGCAGGGCGGCGGGAGCGCACCACGGGGACCCAGCCGAGGCCAGGGCCGCCAGGGAGGCGGGCAGAGCAAAGGCAGCGCCGUGGAGACGCCGGGGGCAGCGGGCCACACCAGGCAGGUGAGUGCGGCCGCGGGGUCCCCGGAGCGAGGGAGCGGGGCGUCGCGACUCCGCCGCCUCCUGCCCAUCCGGUCCCGUGCCCGUCCCAGGCUCUGCCCCACCGCCCUCCAUCUCCGCGACUCCUUGGUCCCUGUCCUCUGCCGCUCUCUCCGGCUGUUUUCCCCGUCCUGUCUCUGUCGGUCCCUCUCUAUUUCACUAUCUCUUUCUAAUUUCUCUUUUCUGUCUGCUUCCUGCUGUCUUGGUCUUUUCCUGUCUCUCAACACCUGCCUCACUAUUUAUCUAUCUCCGCCUCUGUCUCUCCGUUUCUGUUCGUCUCUGAGUUACCUGUCACUUAGGUCUUUUAUCUCUUGCUCCUCUACCUCUCUUACCCUCCCUGUCUCUCUACCCAAUAUUCUAUCUCUCUCCAUCUCUGUCUCUCUACCCUAUCUCUGCCUGAUAUUUCUGCCUCUCUGCAUCUUGGUCCCUCUCAGUCUCUGUGUCACCCCACUUCUUUCUCUCCUUGUCACCCUGUUCCAUCUCUAUUUUCACAUCUCCCUGUCAUUGUCUCUGUCGGACAUCCCCCCUUCUCCUUUUCUUUCUCUCUCCCUCCUUUCACCAUUUCUCGAUGUCUCUUGGUCCCUGUCACCCUCUCUGAUCUGCUCACUCUUCCAGUCUUCAGUCAAUGGCCAUUUCUGAUUCCCGGGGUCUGGUCCUGUUUCUGUUCACCUCUGGGAAAGCCAUCUUUCUGCCUCUUUCCUUGUGACCCCUGCACUUCCCUGAAUCCAUGACCACCUCCCCCUGUGUUGGGGGCUAUGGGGGCAGCAGGGCCCAGGACCCAUAAUUCCCUCCCCCACAGGCGGCCCUUUCCUCGGGGUCCCGCCUGGUACCAGGGCCCCCCUCAGCUGGGGGACUACGCCUGGAAGCUGUCAUGGAGGCCCUGCAGAAGCAGCAGGCAGCUCGGCUGGCCCAGGGGGUGGGGCCAUUGGCCCCUGCACGCUCGCUGCUGCCACCCGGGCCUCCCCUGCCUGACCACCGGACCCUACAGGCCCCUGAGGGGGCCUUGGGGGAGGUUGGGGCUGAGGAAGAGGAAGAUGCUGAAGAAGAUGAGGAGGAGGGGGAGGAAGCCAGGGCAGAGGAGGAGGCAGCUGAGGAGAGCCAUCCAGGGGCCCAGUGCCCCAGCUCACCUUCUAGCCAGCCCCCUGGACUCCAUCCCCACGAGUGGACCUACGAGGAACAAUUCAAGCAGCUGUAUGAGCUCGAUGCAGACCCCAAGAGGAAGGAAUUUCUGGAUGACCUGUUUAGCUUCAUGCAAAAGAGGGGGACGCCAGUGAACCGCGUGCCCAUCAUGGCGAAGCAGGUGCUGGACCUGUACGCUCUGUUUCGUCUGGUGACCGCCAAGGGCGGCCUGGUGGAAGUCAUCAACCGCAAAGUGUGGCGGGAAGUCACGCGCGGCCUCAGCCUACCCACCACCAUCACCUCGGCCGCCUUCACUCUACGCACCCAGUACAUGAAGUACCUGUACCCGUACGAGUGCGAGACUCGAGCGCUCAGCUCCCCAGGGGAGCUCCAGGCCGCCAUAGACAGCAAUCGGCGCGAAGGCCGUCGCCAGGCUUACACCGCUACUCCGCUCUUUGGCUUGGCAGGGCCGCCCCCUCGGGGCGCUCUGGGCCCAGCCUUGGGUCCCGGCCCCGCCCCUCGGGCGUCCCCAUCCAGCCCCGGCCCCGCCCAGGGUUCCGCCUCCGGCCUGCCAGCGCACGCAUGCGCUCAGUUGAGUCCAAGCCCUAUUAAGAAAGAGGAGAGUGGAAUUCCAGCCCCUCGCCUGGCACUGCCUGUGGGCCUGGCAUUGGGACCUACACGGGAGAAACUGGCACCAGAGGAGCCCCCAGAAAAGAGAGCUGUGCUGAUGGGGCCCAUGGACCCACCUCGACCUGGCAUGCCCCCCAGUUUCCUGCCCCGUGGCAAGGUUCCCCUGAGGGAAGAGCGGCUGGAUGGGCCUCUUAAUCUGGCAGGCAGUGGCAUCAGCAGUAUCAACAUGGCCCUAGAGAUCAACGGGGUGGUCUACACUGGUGUCCUCUUUGCCCGCCGCCAGCCUGUGCCAGCUUCCCAGGGUCCAACCAACCCUGCACCCCCACCCUCUACAGGGCCCCCUUCCAGCACCUUCCCCUGAGAGGUCCUACUUGAAACUAAGAGUCCCAGCCCCGUUACUGAGUGGGGAGGAGCCCCCCUGCUUUGAUUCUUUCCGGCUGCCCACUCUGGGACCCAGCCCUGGGAGGGGACCACACCUCCCAUGCCACGUAGACUUAAAACCAAAGUUUCUUUUGAUGUUACACCUACCUCACUGUAAAGGGAGGGUACCUCCUCCCCGCCCAAUUCCAGCAGCAUCUACUAAAGUGUUCUUCCUCCAGUAACCACCAUCAUCUCCUCAUGUGUCCCUUCUGUCAAUGUCAUCUCUAGAACCUACCCCUUUGAGUCAGCCUUGCUUCUCUUCAGGAGCCAAGUGAAAGGUUGGGUUGGGGUACUGUGAAAGAGACAUCCCUCAGGUCACACCUAGACAAUAAAGCUGCGAUCCCUCCCUCUCUGAUGCCUCCUUUCUUGUUUGGGUAUGGGAGGUGGGGAGGAAUGAUGUGGAACAUGGGCUGCCUUGGGCCAGGGGCUUUCAGAGGGGAAGGCAGAAUAGCAAAGUUCUGUGAGAAUAGAAGAGCUCCGUCUCUUCAAUCAGACAACCUGAGUUCAAGUCCCAUUUCUGUCCCUAUAGUGCUGGGUGACCUUGGGCAAGUUACUUAAUCAACUUAACUUUAGAAGACUCCAAAAGUUUAUGGUAACUCAGGGAGCCUCCUAAUGAUGUAUCUAUGGGAAUGGACCUACCCUGGAACACGUGCAAACUCAGGGAAUGGCGUGGGGAAAGCUCUUUGGCACCCGAAAAGCAAAGGUUGUCUUGACAACCAGGCGCUGGAAGCCGAAGAGGGCUGGUACAGAGCCGUUGCCAAGGUAAUCAGCUUUUCACAGCUCCAAGCAGUAAAUUCGGGUACUGAAGGGCUGAAUCAUGGCGUCACUUCCUGCAUAAAGGGCCGUUCAUGCAC